AUGCCUCAAAACGAAUAUAUUGAACAGCACAUUAAACAAAAUGGUCGUAGGUUAGAUUAUGAAGAACGUAAGCGUAAGAAAGAAGCUAGAGAGGUUCACAAAGUCAGUAAGAAAGCAAGAGAGUUAACUGGCUGGAAAGGUAAACAAUUUGCCAAGCAAAGGUAUAAUGAAAAAGUUUCUAUGAAAAAGAAAAUUAAAGCACAUGAACAAAGUAAAAUUAAGGAUACAUCAGCUUCCCCUCUUACUGAUGAUGCUUUACCACAUUAUUUAUUGGAUAGAGAAAACAACAACACAGCUAAAGCUAUAAGUAAUAGUAUUAAACAAAAGAGAUUAGAAAAAGCUGAUAAAUUUCAAGUUCCAUUGCCUAAAGUCAGAGGUAUUAGUGAAGAAGAGAUGUUUAAAGUGGUGAAAACUGGUAAGAGGAAAUCCAAGUCUUGGAAGAGAAUGAUUACUAAACACACUUUUGUUGGAGAAGGAUUUACUAGAAGACCUGUUAAGAUGGAAAGAAUUAUUAGACCAACGGCCUUGAGACAAAAAAAGGCUAAUGUUACGCAUCCUGAAUUGGGUGUAACAGUUUUCUUGCCUAUAUUGUCAGUUAAGAAAAACCCACAGUCCCCUUUAUUUACACAAUUAGGCGUUUUGACAAAGGGUACUAUUAUUGAAGUUAAUGUUAGUGAAUUAGGUAUGGUUACCAGUGGUGGUAAGGUUGUUUGGGGUAAAUAUGCACAAAUUACUAAUGAACCAGACAGGGAUGGUUGUGUUAAUGCUGUUUUGUUGUUAUGA